CUCCUGGGGCGGUGGCGGCGGCGGCUCCUCCCCCCGCGGCGGCGGCUCCUCCCCGGGGCGGUGCGGGCGGCGGGCUUCAGGCUCCGGAAGCGGGCGGUGCUGCUUGCGAAGCCGUUUCCUGCCCGGUACGCGGCGGAGCAGGAGCGGAACGGAGCCGAGCGGAGCCAUGACUCACCAGACCGGCAUCCACGCCACCACGGAAUUAAAGGACUUUUUUGCCAAAGCUCGAAACGGUUCUGUUCGGCUUAUCAAGGUCAUCAUCGAGGAUGAACAGCUCGUGCUGGGAGCCCACAAAGAGCUGUCCCGGCGCUGGGACGCUGACUACGAUGCCUUUGUGCUGCCCUUGCUGGAUGAGCAGCAGCCGUGCUACGUGCUGUACCGCCUGGACAGCCAGAACGCCCAGGGCUACGAGUGGCUCUUCAUCUCCUGGUCCCCUGACAGCUCCCCGGUCCGGCUGAAGAUGCUGUAUGCUGCCACCAGAGCCACAGUGAAGAAGGAAUUUGGUGGGGGGCACAUAAAGGACGAGAUGUUUGGAACGGUGAAGGAAGAUGUGUCCCUGGGCGGUUACCAAAAGCACGUGUCCUCCUGCUCCGCCCCAGCCCCGCUGACCGCAGCCGAGCAGGAGCUCCAGCAGAUCCGCAUCAACGAGGUGAAGACAGAGAUCAGCGUGGAGAGCAAGCACCAGACCCUGCAGGGCCUGGCCUUCCCCCUGCAGCUGGAUGCUCAGCAAGCCAUCCAGGCGCUCAAGCAGAAGAAAAUCAACUACAUCCAGCUGAAGCUGGAUCUGGAGCGGGAAACCAUUGACCUGGUGCACACAAGCCCCACGGAGAUCACUGACCUGCCCAAGAGGAUCCCCCAGGACUCGGCUCGCUACCAUUUCUUCCUGUACAAACACUCGCACGAGGGAGACUACCUGGAGUCUGUCAUCUUUAUCUACUCCAUGCCUGGGUACAAAUGCAGCAUCAAGGAGCGGAUGCUUUACUCCAGCUGCAAGAGCCGGUUGCUGGACACUGUGGAGCAGGAGUUUUGCCUGGAGAUAGCCAAGAAGAUCGAGAUUGAUGAUGGCGCCGAGCUGACGGCAGAGUUCCUCUACGAGGAGGUGCACCCCAAGCAGCACGCCUUCAAGCAGGCCUUCGCCAAGCCCAAGGGGCCCGUGGGGAAACGGGGACAGAAGCGGCUGAUCAAGGGGCCAGACGAGAACAGCGAGGACAGUUAGAUCUCGCAGGACCAGGCGGUGAAUGGACAGCAUCCCCACGGCGCUUCCCAGCUUCGUCUCCACUGAACACCUGGGGAUCUUUCCCUCCAUCUCAGCCUUUUUUUUUUCCCUUAUUUUUCCUAUUUCAUUCCUUUUUUUUAAACAUCAAGAUGGCUUGUUGCCCCUGGGGGCAGAGUGAUGGGGAGGGUUCAGGGUUGUGGGUGUUUCUUUUCCUUGCAUCCUCGUGCAAGCCCUGGGGCUGCCAGAAGUUGGGAGCAGCAGGGUCGUAUCCCCCAGCCUUGCUCCUGUCCCCACCAGGGUCACAGCUGCUGCUCUCAGUGUCCCCUGGGUGAAUGAAGGACACGCUUGCCUGCAAGCUCCUCUAUGCAAAGGGAAGGGGGUGGUGCUGGGGAUUCCUGUUUGAAAAGAGAAAAUGCUUCUUUCCCUGUUCCCUUAGCCCCAGAUUUUGCUCCCCUAUCCAGCUCUUGGUGUGCACAACCCCUCUGCCCCAGUCCUGGAGUGAUCCUGCACCGCCCCAGGGUGUGGGCAGGACCCCUCCCCAUGGGGUGGGCUUUGCUGGCAGGAGUUGGUCCCUGGGCAGAAGGAAGACCCCCCCACACACACUCCGCCCUAAGUCCUGAGCUCAGCCUGGCCCUGGAUGAAGGUCACUCUGCCUUUGGGUGAUGAUUGCCUCCCCUCUUUGAACCCCUUCCCAAUAAGGCUUUUCCCCUCAGAGGGAGCUGUUACAGCCCUGACUUGGCCCCAUCCCUGUUUAGGAUGGGAGCCGGGGGGCCCAAGUCCUUGUCCCCCCACCCUGUGCUCCAGCCCCCACCAUUACCCACCUGGUUUGCUGCCAGCUCUCUGGUCUGGGCCAGCCCUAUGUCUUAAAAAUUGCAUGGGCUGCCCCAAACCCCUGUGCAAGGAAGCGUGACGGCCCCUGUAUGCCCCCACCAGGGGAUGUCCCCAGCCACCAAGGGCCAUCACCAGCUCCAAGGGCUGAGCUUGGCACUGUGAGUUAGGCUUCACUGGGUGUUUUGGUGGGAAGAGCACCUUGCUGCUGGGUACCAGUGAGGGCUCGAGAGCCGCCCACUCCCCCGGGAAGAUGGAAGCGGGGUCAGUGAAACCUGCCCUUGGCUUUCCUGCUGCCCCGGCGGACAUGCUGACGUUGCCUUGGCCUCGGUGGAGUGGGAGCAGGCAGUGGUGAGGGGGGGUUGAAGCUGGGGGGGAACAGAGCACACUGUACUGAAUGCUGUAUUUUCUAAAGAAUAAAGUAUUUUUAAAACAG